UAUUAACUACUGUCGUUUUAAUCUAUCGACAAAGUACUUUCACAAUGAUCAAUAUAAGACAUUGAAAACGGAGUCUUGUUCAGCUCUUGGGUAACAACUGAAUCGGCUUGCAGCAGAUGCGUCUACAGCAUCCAUAGCGGAAUUGCAUAUUUAAUCUGACUUUUGGACAUUGCUGCUGAGGAUAUUAUAGGGAGAAAACUGGUGGAUGGCGGACCCAGCGGCACAGGGCCACGUGGAACUAGAAGGUACCGGUAAAUUCUACUAUCCGUCGGGCGCAACCUACGAGGGCCAGUGGAAGCUUCUGAAUCCGCCACCACCGCCGCCGGCUGAGGAGCCAAAGGAAGUCAAAAAGAAAAAAGGAAAGGAUGAGCCACCUCCGCCACCUGCGGAGCCGCCAAAGCGUGUCCGGCAUGGAAAAGGGCUGUACCAGGAGGGCGACUACGUGUACGAGGGAGAGUUCUUCGAGGACGUGAUCCAGGGACAGGGCACCUUCACAUACGCCAGCGGGGCCAAGUACAUUGGCGAGUGGAAGGCCAACAAGUACCAUGGCAAGGGCACGUACAUCUGGCCCGACGGGCGGAAGUACGAGGGCUUGUGGGAGGAGAACCGCAUGCAUGGCUUGGGCGUCUUUAUCGACGCGUCGGGGCACGCGUGGGAGGGGCAGUUCUUCAACGGCAGCGGGCCGGGGCUCACGGCGCUCGUGUGAAGAGAGGGCAGUGGUAUAACACCGGCAGCAGGGCGGACUGGGGCUGCGUGAGGUGGCUGCGUGAGGUGGUUUGCUGUGUUAGUGUGUGGUAUUGGAGUGUGUGGUGUUGGUGGUGUGGUGGCCGUAUGUAUCUCCGUUUCUGCUGUAAAGGAGGGGCUGGUGAGGAGCAGGGGAAAGGAAGGCAGCUGUGAUGUUGGGGCUGCUGUAGAGGCAGCUUGCAGGCUGUGGAGAGGAGGCCAGGACAUGAGCUUUUUCCAUGAAUUGUGCGGCUGUCUGCGCUGCACCGUUGCGCGGGACGGGGCCCCUGGCCUGGUCGCAGCUUAUCCCGCAUGGCCCGCAGCAGAUGAGCCGCGGCGUGGCAUGGGUGAGCAGGGUAGAAGCGGGCGCAGCAGUGAGGCCAUGGAGGAGACUGCAGUGGCUGUUGGGGUGGCGGUGGCGCGCUCGUCGCUUCGAGGCACCCAACAACGCCAGCGCACAGCGGCUGUCGCCCCCUUGCUCCGUGUGUCGCUGGGCCAUGUGCAUGACGGGGCGUGUACCGGCAUCCUUAAGAGCCGAGGGCUCCUGCUGUUGCGGUUCCUGCGGCUGUGUAGCCGGGGAGGGGACGGCGCUGGUGCACGUGCGAGUGGCACUUUGGAGAGCAUAGCGGUGCUCUCCAAAUCAGCGGGGAUGCCGACUAUGGCCAUCCUGGCAGAUCUACGGUCCCGCGGGUUAUUUUUAUUUUGACUUACAUUGUGGAAAGGCUUCGCCUGCUGAUGAAAACAGCGAUUCUUUUUACUCUGGGAGCUCUGGCGAAUAUGGAAUGGACUGUGUAAUAUUACGUGACCUGCCCCACCGAUCAAUGCGUGCGAUGUGAGAUGUGAGGUGUGUUGAUAGAGCCUUGAGAAGGCAGCUGGAUGCGAUAGCAUUACCUGGCUCCUAGGUUCUUGGGCCCCUACCUCUGGCUCGUAUGGGCACUCGUAACACCUCUCUACCUGGGUAACGCAACCGAGGUGUAACACAGACACACAC